UACCAUGGUCCGCGUGGUGCAGCACAAGUUCGAUAAUAACCCAAAUCAUACGUGUGAACCCUCUCAUUUCUUCUAUAUUCUAUAUAUAGCAUUCAUUCGUCAAAUUUUUGCAGUUUGUGAGAUAUUAUAUUAGUAUAUUUGUAUAUUGUUUGGAUCUAACGUACAUAUUUGAAUCUUAAGUUACCUUACCUUAAAAAAGACUGCAGACUAGUCUAAUUGCAUAUGAAACUUUUCUUCUUUGGGAAAUGAAACGAAACGUGUCGAAUCAUUCUUAUCGUGAUGAAAAAUUGAGAUCAUCACACAGUGAAAAUUAUGAGACUGGUUUACGAAGAACAGAAGAAGAAAGAUUACGGCGUAGGCGCGAAUGGAUUGUAGAACAACAAAUGCUACGAGAACAUGAAAGGUUGAAGAAGAAGAAGAUCUUAGAAUAUGAAAUACGUCGUGCUCUCGAGAAAGGUUUACCACUGCCCAAAGAAAGAUUUUCACAUCACAGUAGCAAUACGAGUGAAAGUAAAUCCCCGGAAAGUCAGCACAGAACUGUUGCUACAUUAAGUACAUCUAAUACAUCUAUAUUAUCUAAAAAAUUAGAGCCAUCAGAUGGUACAACACCUUUAUUUAAAGGACCAGAAGGCAUACAAGUUACUGCUGCAGAACUACGAAGAAUCAAAGUAUAUAUUCACAGAAAUUCAUUCACAGAAGAUAUUCACAGAAAUGUAUCAGACGAAGCAACCGAUGAUCUACAACGAGAUAUUAUCAAUUUUGAAGAUGUUUUGGUCAAAAGAAGAGAGGGAGAGGGAUCCAAAUCUAUAUUUGAGAGAGAAGAAAUAAAAAGUGUAACAGCUAAAACAGAAGAAAUUGUGGAACAUCGUACAGUUGUUGCUAUAAAUAAUGAAAAUUUGGAAAACAAGCCGGAAGCAAAUAAAGAAUAUACUACUUCUUCAAGAAGUCGAAGUCCUCCAUAUAGAUCGUCCCAUCAUACCAGGUAUAAAGAUUCAAAACAUAAUAACAGGGAUAGUUACAGAAAUGAUAGGUACCAAUUAUUCGUUAUAAUUUUGUAUAUUUGGUUAAUAUGUUUAUUUUUCAGUUUUAUUGUAGUGUUGUAUAAUUUAUUUAGAGACAGAGAUCAUAGUAGAGGUGGAAGUGGAGAGUAUAAAGAAAAAGUCAGGCCACAUAGUCAAUUGCACACUGCAGAGGAAAAACACCUGCGAGAAAGAAAUAGUAAUAGAGAUAAUUCACAUUCAAAGGGAGGAGAACAAAGAGCAUGGGUCAAAGAUUCUCAUAACAGCAACAAGUCAUCUAAACACGAAAGACCUUAUCGAGAAAAAUCGAGAGAGCGAUUCCGAGAAAGAAGAGAAAGAGAUAAGUCUAGAGAACGUAGGCUACCUCCAUCACAUUAUAUUGAACCCAUUCCUGUUCCUGUUUAUUAUGGAGGUUUUCCUCCGAGACCAAUAAUGGUUGGACCAUUGGUUCCAAUUCCAAGGCAAGUUCCUUUAAAAGGAUCUAGGCAUAUGAUGAGUCCAUUAAGACCAUAUCCACAACGAUUUAUUCAGCCAGAUAUAUAUAGAUUUUGUCCAUUUCCAAAUCCUAGAUUUAGGCCAAUGUAUUAAUGGAGGAUUUAUGAUGAAUGGAAAAUUGCUGCAUUAAAUAUCAGACAUUUUACAAAAAUUAAAAAUUUUUCGAAGUAUCAUAGUGAAGUAGAUUAUCUUUAAUUCAAAAUAUUGUUAUGAUUGUAUGAGAUAUAUACAUGUUUUAUAUUUUUUUAGCAGCCGUAAGAAUUUUUUAUGAUUUAGAUUAAAAACUGUAUGAAUUAGUUCAUUCAGACACUGACAUGCAUAUAAGAAUUGAUGUUUCAUCGAUUUUACGAUCUCGCUAUAUUAUAAACAUUAUUAUAUUAAUACAAUCGCGUUUUAACCGUUUGAGUCCCAAGCAGCGCGAUCACGCUGUUUGAAUUUUUUGUUGAAAAGUCCCAAUACAUUUGAACGCUACGGACGUUUGACGGUAUUUUGUAUUUCAUUGAUAUCUUCUCAAUAAUUUUUAUUGAACAAAACUUGAAAUAUUUAUAAACUAAUAGUACGCAUAUAUAAUAAUAUAGAUGUAUUUCAUAAAGUAGCAAAUAUGACGAGCGCUGUUACGCCGCUUGUUUCUCUUCGCAAUCGAUUAAGAAAAGCACUAUCACGCUGUUCGGGAUUUUUCUACUGUUUUUUCAAUGACCCCUGGAACUCAAACAGUUAAGCUAAAAAUCGUGAAGACAAAGAAAUCAUGUUUUUGACCAUUGAUUUUUUAAAUACCGAUUAUCUUGUAAUAUGUGCAUUUUUAAGCAUAUUUAAUAAUAUUUCCAAAAUCUUUUAAAAUUUGUUUAUAUUUGAUGUAUUUUUGUGAAACUUGCUUGUAUGUUUUUAGAUGGUAAUAAUAAUAUUGUGUUCAAAUUGUA